AUGUGGUUUCAGGAUGGUCCGGUGUCCCGCCAAUGCCUCGCUCGGAGCUUUCAAGCGUCUUGGCUGCUGGUGCUAUUGAGUUUGGGCACUGGACGGCAAGGGGGGUUGGCACUGAAUUGCCCCAAGAAUUGUGUGUGUGCCAGCAACCUCAUCAGCUGCUCCAAAGCCGACCUGAAAGUCUUCCCUCACCACCUUCCUCAUUACGCCGCUGUCCUGGACUUUAGCCACAAUCAGCUGACCCACCUUCGAGCAGAGUGGACCCCUAUCCAGCUCUCUCAUCUCCAUUCGCUGUUCCUCAGCCACAAUGGCCUUUUCUUCAUCUCCACCGAGGCCUUCAGCAACGUCCCCCACCUGAAAUACUUGGACCUCUCCUCCAACGCCAUUGAUAUGCUGGGAGAGAACAUCUUCAGCAAACUGACUGAGCUGGAGGUGCUCCUCCUAUAUAGCAACAAGAUCUCCAAGAUUGACCGCUCGGCUUUUGAUGAUAUGGCCAACCUGCAGAAACUGUACCUUAGCCAUAAUGAGAUCUCCCGCUUCCCCCUGGAGCUGGUAAAAAAAGGAGAGGCCAAGCUUCCCGAAUUGGCACUGCUGGACCUUUCUUUCAACAAGAUCAAGAGCCUGCAGGUGAAGGAGGUCAGUGGGCUCCCGGCCUGGAUGAAGAACGGCCUCUAUGUUCACAGCAACCCUCUCGGCUGCCACUGUGAGCUUUACAACCUCUUCACCCACUGGCAGAAACGGCAGCUAAGCUCAGCUGUGGACUUUGAGGAAGAGCUCCAGUGCUUGGAUCAGACCAAGAAUAAAAACGUCACAAUUUCCAACCUGUAUGAUUCAGAGGGCAUGAACUGCAGUGCCUUCAAGGAGCAAGCCCUAGAGUUCCACCGUGGGGACACAGUAACCAUCAAUUGUGAUACCAGGCAACGAGAAGUGACAGUUACGGAAUGGGUGACACCCCGGUACGAGCACGUUCAACAGGAGGAUGAUAAUAACUCCAUUACUCUGCUGCCAAAUGGAAGCCUUCUGAUAAGUAAUAUCAGCAUAGAGGAUAUGGGUCUGUAUACCUGUCAUGCAGUAAGCCAGGUGAUCAAUGAGACCCUUUAUGUGCAAGUCACAGUCCAUAACUUUACCCUUCAUGGAGCCCCAGACAUGUUCAACACAGCCUAUACCACGCUAGUGGGCUGCAUCCUGAGCGUCAUUCUUGUGCUCAUCUAUCUUUAUCUGACUCCAUGCCGUUGCUGGUGCCACAGCAAUGAGAAGCAGGCUAACCAACAAGAGGACAGUAUCAACUCUUCAGUGCUCAGCACCACUCCAAAUCACAAUGCUGAAGUGACUGGGGACAAGGAAGGAUUAAAUCGGAACACAGUGCCAAGCAGAGCCCAAGGCCAGAAUGGCAAAUGCAAACCCACCAACUCCCCCAAACAUGCACCCAAAGGAGUCCAGAAGAUAGAGAGAAAAUUGUCAGAUCCAGAUUCAGUCAGCUCAGUCUUCUCUGACACUCCCAUUGUGGGGCCCUCACCAAAUGAAGGUGGGAGAGGAAGCAGUAGGGACAAGGCAGGGACUGAAUUAGUUGGACUGCUGUGAUCAUUCAGGCUAUGAAAGGAAAGAAUAGGAACAGAUC